UUUCAGCCAGAUGUUGCAUCCAAUUUUUGAGGAAGCUUCCAAAGUCAUUAAGGAAGAAUAUCCAAAUCAGAAUCAAGUUGUGUUUGCCAGAGUUGAUUGUGAUCAGCACUCUGAUAUAGCCCAGAGAUAUAGGAUAAGCAAAUACCCAACCCUCAAAUUGUUUCGUAAUGGGAUGAUGAUGAAGAGAGAAUAUAGGGGUCAACAAUCAGUGAAAGCACUUGCAGAUUACAUCAGGCAACAAAAAAGUGACCCUAUUCAAGAACUUCAUGACUUAGAAGAAAUCACCACUCUCAAUCGCAGCAAAAGAAAUAUCAUUGGAUAUUUUGAGCAAAAGGAUUCAGAAAACUAUAGAGUUUUUGAAAGAGUAGCAAAUAUUUUGCAUGAUGAUUGUGCCUUCCUUGCUGCAUUUGGGUCUGUUUCAAAACCGGAAAGAUAUAGUGGAGACAAUAUAAUCUACAAACCACCAGGGCAUUCUGCUCCAGAUAUGGUAUACUUGGGAUCUAUGACAAAUUUUGACCUGACGUAUAAUUGGAUUCAAGAUAAAUGUGUUCCUCUUGUCCGAGAAAUAACAUUUGAAAAUGGAGAGGAAUUGACAGAAGAAGGACUGCCUUUUCUCAUACUCUUCCACAUGAGAGAGGACACAGAGAGUUUAGAAAUAUUCCAGAAUGAAGUAGCCUGGCAAUUAAUAAGUGAAAAAGGUACAAUAAACUUUUUACAUGCUGACUGUGACAAAUUUACACAGCCUCUUCUGCACAUACAGAAAACUCCAGCAGAUUGUCCUGUAAUAGCUAUUGACAGCUUUAGGCAUAUGUAUGUGUUUGAAGACUUCAGAGAUGUAUUAGUCCCAGGAAAACUCAAGCAGUUCAUAUUUGACUUACAUUCUGGAAAACUACACAGAGAAUUCCAUCAUGGGCCUGACCCAACCGACACAGCCCCAAGAUAGCCAGUCCAAGAUGUAGCAAGCAGUCCACCUGAGAGCUCCUUCCAGAAACUAGCUCCCAGUGAAUAUAGGUGUACUUUAUUGAGGGAUCGAGAUGAGCUUUAAAAACUUAAAAAACAAUUUGCAAGCCUUUCAACAGCAACAUCCGCUUAUGUGGUGGAAAUAGUAAACCUAUAUUUUCAUAAUUCUAUGUGUAUUUUUAUUUUGAAUAAACUGAAAGAAGUGUU